AAUUUACCGUUUGGUCUAAUCAUGUCAGUUAAUAUUCAAUAUUAUUAUUUAUGGUACGUGUAAAUUGUAUAAGGAAAAAAAACAAUUUUACAUUCGUUUAUAAAUCAAUAAUAUUUUUUGUGAUUAAAUAUUCAACUGAAUUAAAACCAACAGAGGUUAUUAAAACUGACAAAGGUCCAAUUCGGGGUAAAAUUUUACGGACUGUUGCAAAAAAAAUUCCAUUUUCGAGUUUUGAAGGCGUUCCAUAUGGCAAACCUCCAAUUGGUCCUUUGAGAUUUCAACCUCCAGAAGAAGUUGAUGAGUGGAAGGAUGUCCGUAAUACAACUAGAGAAGCAAGUGUUUGUCCUCAAUGGAAUUAUCGUGACAAUUUCUACGAUGGACAUGAAGACUGUCUCUACCUUAAUGUUUACACACCUAAAAUCAAUUCUACGGAUAAUAAAUUACGCGCCGUAAUGGUCUGGAUUUACGGAGGAGCGUUCGUUAUCGGAUACGUCAAUAGAACAUUAUAUGGUCCAGAUUUUUUAAUCGAAGAUGACGUUGUAGUUGUUGCGAUGAAUUAUCGUCUAGGAGCUCUUGGAUUUUUGGCACUGAACAUUUCAGCUGCGACUGGUAAUGCGGGAUUGAAGGACCAGGCUCUUGCGUUGCGUUGGGUGAAGCGAAACAUUGAUAAAUUUGGAGGUGACCCUAAUCGGGUUACUAUUUUUGGACAAAGCGCUGGGUCUGCAAGUGUUGGGUUCCAUGUUUUAUCCCCUUUUUCUAAAGGAUUAUUUCAUGGAGCUAUACAAAUGAGUGGAACUCCCUUGAAUUUUUGGGCGUUUUAUCGACCAGGCGAAGCUGUUUCACGAAGUUUUUAUCUCGGAAAAAUAUUAGGAAUUAUUACUGACAAUAAAACAAUUCUUUUAGAACAAUUAAAAAAUGUCACGGCUGAACAAAUUAUUAGAGCGACAAAAAAUAUGACCCUUCUUGACUUACCAUUUAAUCCAACGAUCGAAUACCCUUCAGUAUCAAAGACUCCAUUUUUAAACGAAUGUUCAGUAAAGAAAUACGAGUCUGGUGACUUCAAUCACGUCCCGCAAAUAAUCGGCUUCGUUGAUUUAGAAACAUUAGCGUUUGUCACAGACGUUACGAUUUUUUUGCAUUCUGUAAAUCAAACGAUUAAUAAAUUAAUCAAUCUACCGGGAAUAAGAAAUAUUUUAAACUUAGACAAACUGAAGGAUACAGUAUCAACAGGCCUAGUUGACGUAGGUACUUUAACGGUCGAUGUAAUUUAUGUAUUAUCGGACUUGACCACAGAUAUAGCUUUCAAGGACGGUAUUGACCGUACUCAGAAAUAUUUGAUCAAGAACAAUAAACAACCGAUUUAUUACUAUCAAAAUUCGUUUGAUUAUCCUCAAGCACUCCACAAAGUUAAAGGAAAUUUAUUGAAUGGUACAGUUCACGUUGAUGACAUUCCUCAUGUUUUUUGGGUGUCUCAUAGGAAUCAAAGUCUUAAUCCCCAGAGUUCUAUCAGCAAGCAGCGCAGUAAGAUGGUUAAACUCUGGACUAAUUUUGCUAAAUAUGGGAACCCGACACCAAAUGCAACAGAUCCAAUACUAGGAGAUUUAAACUGGCCGGCGUCAGAUUCCGAUGGUACUUGCUUGGAAAUAAAUAAAAAUUAUUCUAUUGGAAAAAGACCAAUCAAACCUGUGCUGAAACGUAUACAAAAGUUACUUGAUACUUUUCGCUCUGCAGAUAAUGGAUGUGUCAUUAAUAUGAAUUAUUUAUAUUUUCCAAUAAUAUUUUUUCUGAUCAAAUAUUCAGCUCAAUUAAAACCAACAGAAAUCAUAAAAACUGAAAAAGGUCCAAUUCAGGGUAAAAUUUUACAGACUGUUGCAAAAAAUAUUUCUUAUGCGAGUUAUGAAGGCGUUCCAUAUGGCAAACCUCCAGUUGGUCGUUUAAGAUUUCAACCUCCAGAAGAAGUUGAUGAGUGGAAAGAUGUCCGUAAUACAACUAGAGAAGCAAGCGUUUGUCCCCAAUGGAAUUAUGAAGACAAGUUCUACGAUGGACAUGAAGACUGUCUUUACCUUAAUGUUUACACGCCUAAAAUCAAUUCUACGGAUAAUAAAUUACGCGCCGUAAUGGUCUGGAUUUACGGAGGAGCGUUCGUUACCGGAUACGUCAAUAGAACAAGAUAUGGUCCAGAUCUUUUAAUCGAAGAUGACGUUGUAAUUGUUGCGAUGAAUUAUCGUCUAGGAGCUCUUGGAUUUUUGGCACUGAACAUUUCAGCUGCGACUGGUAAUGCGGGAUUGAAGGACCAGGCUCUUGCGUUGCGUUGGGUGAAGCGAAACAUUGAUAAAUUUGGAGGCGACCCUAAUCGGGUUACUAUUUUUGGACAAAGUGCUGGGUCUGCAAGUGUUGGGUUCCAUGUUUUAUCUCCUCUUUCUAAAGGAUUAUUUCAUGGAGCUAUAUACAUGAGUGGAACUCCCUUGAAUUUUUGGGCAUUUUAUCGACCAGAAGAAGCUGUUUCACGAAGUUUUUAUCUCGGAGAAAUAUUAGGAAUUACUACUGACAAUAAAACAGUUCUUCUAGAAAAAUUAAAAAAUGUCACGGCUGAACAAAUUAUUGAAGGGACAAAAAAUAUGACCCUUCUUGACUUACCAUUUAAUCCAACGAUCGAAUACCCUUCAGUAUCAAAGGCUCCAUUUUUAAACGAAUGUUCAAUAAAGAAAUACGAGUCUGGUGACUUCAAUCACGUCCCGCAAAUAAUCGGGUUCGUUGAUUUAGAAACUUUAUCAUUUGCCUCAGACGUUACGACUUUUUUGGAGUCUAUAAAUCAAACGAUUAAUCAAUUUAUCCAUCUACCGGGAGUAAACACUAUUUUAAACUUAGACAUACUGGAGAAUAUAGUGUCAACAGGCCUGACUGAUUUGGGUACUUUAACGGUCGAUGUAAUUUAUGUAGUAACGGACUUGACCACAGAUAUAGCUUUCAAGGACGGUAUUGACCGUACUCAGAAAUAUUUGAUCAAGAACAGUAAACAACCGAUUUAUUACUAUAAAAAUUCGUUUGAUUAUCCUCAAGCGAUCCACAAAGUUGAGGGGAAUUUUUUAAAUGGUACAGCUCAUUCUGAUGACAUCGCUCAUGUUUUUUGGGUAUCUCAUAGGAAUCAAAGUCUUAAUCCCCAGAGUUCUAUCAGCAAGCAGCGCAGUAAGAUGGUUAAACUCUGGACUAAUUUUGCUAAAUAUGGGAACCCGACACCAAAUGCAACAGAUCCAAUAUUAGGAGAUCUAAACUGGCCUGCGUCAGAUUCCGAUGGUACUUGCUUGGAAAUAAAUAAAAAUUAUACUAUUGGAAAAAGACCAAUUAAACCUGUGAUGAAACUUGUACAAAAGUUACUUGAUACUUUGCGCCCUGGAGACAAUGGAUGUUAAUUAUUUUUGCACAUGCGUUUUUAUCCAUAUUUAUUUAUAAUCACUGAAGAAAUAAUUACUUGAAACUUAUCAAUAAACAUCAAUUAUUUAAUAUCUAAAAA